AUGGGUGAAACCAAAGAUACCCACGUAGUCGAGAUCCCGGUUGAUCAGGAACAUCAUCAUCAACACAAGAAUGUCUUGUGUUCCAUGACAAGUAACAUGAUUGAGGCAAUAGAGGACCACCCUCUGACGGAAAUAUCGGAAAGCCCUGGUCACCUUUUACUUCUGAGGCUAUGGCAAAGAGAGGAAGAACUCUUUGCAAAACGUAUUGCUCACAAGGAGACAAGAAUGGACACUAUCAAAGCUGAACUCUUUCAACUCUCUUCUUUCUUCUUCAUCUUCCAUGGCUUCUUCCUAACCCUCUUGUUCACUUCCUGGGCCAAGGCCCACCAAGAGGCCCUGCAGGGCCACCACAGUGUUUGUCACAAGUGGUGGCUCCCUUCCAUGGUGUCCCUUUGCACUUCCCUUGUGUUUGUGGUUCUUGUUCAGGUGAAGGUGCAUAGGUAUUGGAAGGUGUGGAGGCAGUUGCAAAGGGAGAGGAGUGAUGGGAGGGCUGUGACAAGGUGCAUUCAGGAGUUGAGGAUGAAAGGGGCUAGCUUUGAUCUGUCUAAGGAGCCUAACAGUGGGAAGAGGAUGAAGAGCUCCAGUGUUGAGAUCAAGUGGGGACCACUCACAUGGUGUUCUAAGAACUUACUCACCAUUUCCCUUGUUUGCUUUACAGGUUUGCUGUUUCCUGCUUCCAAGUUGGUCCUUUGUGGCUUGUGA